UGAGUGGGUGGGGCCAAUGUCCAGAACUCAGGCUCCCGGGGCACAGGUCUUUUUAGCUGCGUGCACAGGUUGUGCCACCUGGUCUUGACCUCCUGCAGCUCGUGCGGACUCAACUCUCACGCUGGAAUGAAUCUCCCUGACGUUUCGCAGCAAAGGAGCCCUGUGAGCCAUGAACCCUCACUCAGCUGGCCCCCGACACCAGAUGCCCUGAGGCCUUCACCCUUCCCGCACCCCGUGCUACAAGCCCUCCACAGUUUAUCCCGUAUGCUGCUCUUCCCAGCCUACUGGUCUCUGGACCAGUUGCUGGGGUGCUGGGCACCAAUGGCACGAUCCAGCAGCUUGGGGUGGCUCAAAGUUCUGGCAGGAAGUGGGGCUGCGUUGCUAUCGCUAAUGGUAGUUGGCCUACCUCUGGCGGUGUUUGGCCUUGUGCUCUGGCUGCCCCUACAGGUCUGGCGCCGUCCCUUCUGCUACCAGCCUCCUCCUGCCUGCUGGGUGUGGCCACAGCCCUGGCACCCGCCUGCUGAGCGCGGGCGCUGCUUUGUCUUUUUUACUGCCAAUAUAUGCCUGCUCCCUGAUGGGCUGGCACGCUUCAGCAACCUGUCGCACAGCCAGCAGCGCGCGGAGGCUAUUGGCACAGCACUGUUAGGUAGCCUUCGAAUGUCGCACUAUUGGGCUACCGGAUGCAGCCAGUCACUGCCUGGGGUGCCUGGUGGUGUGCUGAGGGCCACAAUACCUAUGGGUCUGGACUUCGUGUGCCUGCAGGAAGUGUUUGAUCUCCGUGCAGCUCAUCGUCUUGUGCGCGUCCUGGUGCCAAAUCUGGGUCCAGUGCUAUACGAUGUAGGCACAUUUGGCUUAGUGCCUGGGCCGUACAUCAAGGUACUGGGCAGUGGACUUCUACUGGCCUCGCGCUACCCGCUGCUCCGUGCCACCUUCCGUUGCUUUCCUAACGCUCGUGGCGAGGACGCCAUGGCCUCCAAAGGUCUACUAUCCGCUCAGGCACAACUGGGCAUCCUGGACGGGCGUCGUAUCGUGGGAUACCUUCAUUGCACACAUUUGCAGGCACCUGUUGAAGAUGGGCAUGUUCGCUGCAAACAGCUAACGCUGCUGCUGGAAUGGGUAGAGGAGUUUGAGGCUGAGAGCCGCCAGAGUGAUGAUGCUGUAGCCUUCAGUGUCCUCCUGGGAGACCUAAACUUUGACAACUGCUCAGGAGAUCAUGCAAAGGAGCAGGGGCACCAACUCUUCAGCUGUUUUCAGGACCCCUGCCGGCUAGGCAUCCGCCAGGAGCAGCCCUGGGCCUUGGGGACGAUUUUGAGCACUUCCACGCUACACCACAGCAUUGCCAGCUCCCCAGAGAUGUUACGGAGGGCCCUGGAACAGGAAAAAGGGCGCCGCCUCUACCUGGCUGGACCCCCUAGUGGAAGUCACUCAGGUAAAUCCUGGCAGGGCCGGCGCCUGGACUAUAUCACCUACCGCGGAAUUCCUGACAGUCGCCUGAGUCCAGAUGUGGAGCAGGUGACUUUUAGUACUGCGCUGGCGGGGCUCACAGACCACUUAGCUCUGAGCCUGAAGCUUCAAGUUGUGUGUUCCUGACGCUGGCACACAGACAAUCAGCUGACUAGCGAGAAAGACCACCAUAAGGAGACUCCAAGGGUCUUUAUUGUAGGGUUCUCACACGGCUUCCUGGGCACGGCGGUACUCAUAUACACUGCCGCGCUCUGGGAAGGCUGCAAAUAGCGGGGGUGAGCCUGGUGGUGGCGCUGGGUCCUCCGGGUCUCCAUAACCCCCUCCGCCAGGGGUGUGAAGGCAGAAUACGUCCUGUGAAGAAGAGCAGGUUCAACACAGGUGUAGCCUUGUCUCAGUAGGACAAUCAUUUGGGGUCACAGAGGCCACUACCAAAUUAAAAUUUUGCAUCUCUGUUCACCA